AUGGCGUUCGUCCGCCGCGCGACGCCGGUCUCGCGCUGCCCCGCCCGCGCGGCGACGCCCGACGCGUUCCCUCGCGCGGCGUCGCUGCGCGUCGCCCCCGCGGACGCGGCGGACGCGACGAAGCUCAUGCGCGUCGUCUACGGCGACUGGUCCGGCGCCGGCGCGUCGCUCGGCGGCUCGCGCGUUUCGUGGGCUCCCGCGCCGCUCCCGCGGACCGAGGCUGGGCGAGGGCGAUACCUGUGGACGGACGCGUUCGCGGUCCUGAACUUCGUCUCCGCCGCGGAGCGCCGCGCGGAGAUGGGCGACGCGGGAGGGAGGGACGACGCGCUCGCCGCCGCGCUCGCGCUCGUGCGCGCGGUGCACGAAACGCUCGGUCAACCCUCCUCGCGCCAGGUCCCGAUGUCUCUCUCGUCGCGCGCGCCGUUCGCGCUGCCGGGCGCGUCGUCGUCGUCGUCGUCGUCGUCGACGACGACGACGACGCGACACGUCGGCUUGCGCAUCGGCAAGACCCUCGCCGCGGCGUCGAGCGACCCCGGGAUGGCGCUGGACGGGAUGUACUUUCACUACCACGACAAGUGGGUGUUCGCGCUCGCUCGGCUCGCCGACGCGUUCGGCGCGGAAACCUCCGUCGGCGCCGCGCUCGCGACCGAGGCGACGUCGCUGAUCAAAGACGUGCACCCUCAUUGGAUCGAGCGCGACGAACACACCGGCGCGCCGUUGGGCGUGCGGUGGAAGAUCAACCCGGACGCGAGUCCGAUACGAGGGUGA